AUGGAUACGCCGGCCCAGCGGUGCGCGAAAUGCCCGCGCCGUGUUGAAGACUUCGGAAUGCAGCUGGAAGGGGCCAUGAUACUUGGGCGGAACGGUGCGCGGGCCGCGUGCGAAGAGCUACGUGGUGAGGCAAAUAUUCAACGCUGCCAAGAUCAGGUGGUGAAGGCGAUGAAGAUUGGGGUGGAGAUCGUCCAGCGCAUGUUCCCCGCGAGAUCAACCGGUUUGCCGGUGGACUUGCAGUGCGGGCCUUAUUGGAUGUCAUACUGCAGUGACGCCACUCGUUCUGGCAGCCCCGCUCUGAGGACAUGGAGUUGUGUCCAAUGCGAACAGUCGCUGGACUUGCUCAAAGACCUCUUCGGUCGUCACCUACUGGCCUUCAACACCAUUAUUCCGGAAUGGCUGUGCCAGAAAGGCGACAUCACGUGUCGCGCCCUCCUGCAUAGCUCCGUCACCCUCUCCGGGCCCCUCCUAGCCCUCUUCCAGCAUACUCGUACGUCAAAAGACGUCUGUGAUGCGGACUUACGAUGCGUAUGG